UAAAGCCGCGUAAAGAGUUCUUGUGUUGUGUUUGUGUUUGUGGCUCUGUUCAGGCAAUCUGAAUGGAGAUCUUUACAGCUGGGUGCCUGCAGGGUGAUGGAUACCCUGUUUGUGUUCUUGAAUGCGUUAGAAUCUCGUCUAUUUGUUUACAGUUAUGAUACAGAUUCCAGCAGCUACUAUGCAUAGGGUUUUAUGUGUAUCAUGCGGGAUAUGUGAAACCCACGAAUUUACUUCUGAGAUACUGCUGAAAUCUUUUAUCAUUUUCGCUCUGCUCCGCUUCAUGUCUAGACAUUUUGUAGCAAAGACAGGCAAUACAAGUAGAAGCAGUGGAGUAGAUUAACCAUUCAACUGUAAUAUUUCAUUGUACAAUGUUGGAGUUUGAAGCGGAUAAGAAGAUCCACUUUUUUUUUUUUGUACUUGAGAGUUGGAUCCAUCUGGGCAGACAGAACCAGAACAGUGGUCGCCGUGUCGGGGUUCUGCUGUCUAAUCUUAAAAGACUUAUCGCCACGAUCUCUAGCCGACCUUGUGCUUCAUUUUUUACUUGAAAAUCAUUUAGAAGACUCUCUCCACGUUCUAGACAUUUUCAAAUAAUUCCUCCGCUUGCUUUCGCUUUCGUUAAUCCAACUAACAAACUACAUUUUCUUACUCUUAAUCAUUGUCCUUAAGACCUCUCUGAUAAGAGUCUAAGAUGUUUAAAAGCCAUUGAACCUUCUGGUGUUAUUUUAAUCUAUCAGCAUGAACUUGGCCCUAUUAUGAGUUGUACUUGGCCUGGUACUUGGGCCCCUACAGUGGACUUGGGACCUACAGAAUGAGCAAUGAUUAGGACUUAACAAUUCUGUGUAGCACCCAGAUGAAGUCAAAUAUCAUCACUAACAUUCUUUGGAGGAAUUGGGUAUAUAUAUGUCUCAAAGUUUUUGUUUGUUUUCAAGCACAACUUCAAGCCUUCCAACUGUUUGUAGAAAAGACGCAAUGGAGUCUCUAGGUGCUUUUCCUGAUGGAGAAUGGGAAUUCUUUAACAAAAUGUUCUCCUCAGAAGAGCAUGGUGAAGAUUUCACUUCACAGUUUCUCAGUCAUUGUUCGAAUUUUAUCGAGCAUGAUAAGGAACUGUACUUGACAACCCCGUUAAGUUUUUGCCCCACAACUACUGAUGCUGAUGUGAGUGUGGGUGAUGCUAAUGAGAGUUUGUUCUAUCCUUGCAAUAUUCUUUACUCCGAUUUUCAGGGUGUUGGUCAGAGCAAUAUUCCUGAUUCAAGUCAUGAAACCUUUUUUCUUGGGGAUUCGAUUACAUCGGCUACUAAUGAUGUUUCCAAUUCCAUGAAUGUUUGUUUCUUGGAUGAGGAAAAAAUCAGCUCGUUCCGCUCCUCAUUCCCUGACAAAGUAAUUGGAGAAACUUCUUACGACAAUGAAGAUAUAAGUAUGCAUAUGGAUGGCAGUGACCCUGCAGCUAUUGCCGUUCCAGUCGAGGCAUUGCAGCUCAAGAGAAAAAUUGAUGCACCAGAUUUGCACAUCAGUGCAGAAAACAGCGUCGACGCAAAUUUGCAUGAGAACCUGCAGAAAAAGCCUCGAGUAUCAAGAGAUGCGCAGAAGAAUAAGAAGAAUGUGAGGUCUAAGAGGAACCAGAACAACUCACCAAAUAACAAGGACGAAGUAGACAGCAAUUCUCGAACUAGCUACAAUUCUGAGGAUGAUAAUGCUUCUCAGGAGUCCAAUGAAAGGAUGAAUUCCGAGGCCAAGGAAUCAAAAGCUGUCAUUUCUAGUGGGAAAAAAAGGGCUACUAGAGGCUCAGCAACAGAUCCCCAAAGCCUUUAUGCAAGGAAAAGGAGAGAGAGAAUAAACGAGCGACUGAGAAUUUUACAGAACCUUGUUCCUAACGGAACAAAGGUCGACAUUAGCACAAUGCUUGAAGAGGCAGUCCUCUAUGUCAAGUUUUUGCAGCUCCAAAUCAAGCUCUUGAGCCACGAUGAUCUAUGGAUGUAUGCACCUAUUGCUUAUAAUGGCCUUGAUAUUGGUCUCAAUCAGAAGUUUUCUUCGCUUCUAUGAUAUCGGAUGGAGCAACAUGACAUUUUUCUGAAUGUGUUCUUUUAACAGACGAACAAACGAAAAGGAGAACAUAUAUUUCAUACAUAUAUAUAUAUAGGUAUAGAUACAUAUAACUUGUAAUAACUGGUUAAGUUAAAUAAAGUUUCU